CGAGUUGCUGUUGUGCUGCGGGAGAGAAAGGGAGAAAGAAAGCGUGCAACAGGGAGUGGGAGCCCCAAGUAAAGAGGAACCCCACAGAGUCAGGCCUGGACACCGGGACCACAGAGGUGCUGAGUACUGCCCGAUUCUGGAUCCCACUCUGCUCAGCUCAGAACUUUGUCAGCGAGCAAGAACAAUGCCAGGAGGUCUGGAGAAAAUGUGUCAUCAGUGCAUUUCUAAAAUCGCCAGCAAUGCCUGCUUCGUUUUUGUGCUCUGCGCUUUCCUGGCUCUACCGCUGUCCAUGGCCUUCAUAGGAAUGAAAUUUUUGGAGGACUGCCCUAUACAGCCCCUCAUACCUUUAUAUUUGCUAGUGGGUGGCAUCGUCGGCACCUUAAAGGUGUCUCUCCUGUUGUACGACUCCACCAGGAUGAGGCGGCUGCUGUCCAAGGCCGUGGUGAUCGAUGAUGAUGACGAUGACGAAUACCCCUGGAGGCAGAAUGCGCACAGAUACUACAUCCACCUCCUGCUGAGCCUCUUCCUCUUCCUCUGGUUCAUCCUGGGAAACUACUGGGUCUUUUCUGUGUACCUGCCUGAUUUUCUUCCCCCUUUCCAGCAGCCUCAGGACUACUGUGAUAAAACCCUGUACCUCUUUGCAGUUGGAGUCCUGGCACUCAGUCACACCGUGCUGGGCUUGCUCCUGCUGUGCAGCGGCUGUGUCUACCUGUGCUCCAGGUGGAGACUUUCUGCCGAUGAAGACUGAUAGCUGCCUUGUCCAGCAUACCAUGUAUGCAUGUGCGCGCGCACGCGCACGCGCACACACACACACACACACACACACACACACAGGUUCAGGAGAAGGGCAUAAAGGUAAUAAAAUCUUCCCUGAAGGCAUUUAAAAAGCCACCCAAACGCACUGAAUAUGAUAGUGGACUAAAGAAACUCUUGCCUUCCUAGACAUGGGGAAAUCACUUCUGCUCUUUUCAGAGUAGGAAUUUUGUUCUCCCAAGAGUUUUCAAAGUGAUCAUUGUUUUUGAGGGGAUGAAGUGUGAGAGGCAAAGAAUGGGAGACCUUUUCAAAUCAUAGUGCAAUUUCAGUGACUGGUACAAGAACAAGGUUGGUUGUUGCUACUGCUGCUGUCAUUCAGUCAUGGUCACCUUGAAGUUAUAGAAAGUGCACAGACUUUCAAACAAGAUAUAUCUUAACUUCACUCACUAUGAUGACUUUUGUUAUUAAAAGGAAAAAGAAAUUCUUUUAGUGACUCUAGCUGCCUUUCGGGAAAGUGAAGGUGCAGUCUCUUCCAGCCAUAUAUCAGAUGGGUUUGAUGUGAUGGGUGGAACAUCCCAAGGUCAGCUAUAAAAUCUGCCAACAUCAAAGCAGUCGCUUCCACCUAGGGGGCACGCUGGCCUGCUAGCCAGGCAUUGCGGAGUGCAGCGCCGUGUGCACCGUGUGCCGCUGCUGCAGGUUCUUUGCUUGACCUUGAGUCUGUCUCUGCCCCUGGCUAUUCGUGUACCUCUCUAUGAUCUGCGGCUGGCUGGAUGGCAUAAACCAGUUUUGUAUGUUUCUGGACAGGUUGCAUGAGUUGGGUUGCCGUCAGUGUAGCUGUUUUUGGUUUCUGAGUUUAACUAUCAAAUAAUAGCUCCUCAACCUGAUGACCAGUUAGGCUUUGGAAGCCUUUUGUAAAUUGAGAUGUCUGGAAGUCCAGGAUGACACCAAACAGUGACCACUAACCUUCCCUCUGGCUGCCGCUAUCGAGAGAUGAAGUCCAGGUCUAUUGUCAGUGCUUGCUAGGGAGCCUCUUUAUGAGCAAAGUCUCACGCUUUAGAAUUUUGUAUGAAGAUGCUGUCAUGAGUGUUUCUAGGGCAAUGCCCAGGGGUGCAUGGCACUUGCUUAACUGCUUCUUUCAGCCACAUGCAUAGCCUUUCUAUAUAUUUACACACUGCUGAACUGCGUUUAUUUUUUAAUUUUUUUAUUUUUUUGUGCUUUCUCAUCAAACCAAUCCCUGAGUGGCCAUGAAUGGAGGCACCUCCCUUCAUCAGAAGUGUCAGCUCAAACCAAGAGGCUCAUUCUUCUCCGUGGCUUUAAGAGAAAGGCCCUGUGAGUCCCGUGGGGUCUUCCCAUUUCAGUUUAGAAGCUCUCCCCGGGCAGUCACCAUUGGUCCCCCUUUCCUCCCAGCCAUGACAGAAGACCAGCGGGUGUGCAGUUUGCAGAUCCUACCUCACCUAUGAUGCCCGAUUCUAUCCUCACUGUGUCCCAUGUUGCCCUCUCCGUGUCUGGGGAGAGUCUGUGGGCUACGAUCCUGGGGUGGCCAGGGGUUCCAUGGGCUCCCCUCCCACCCUCCUUUCCCCAGUCCAUGACUCGUCAGCCACUCCCAGUCACUUAGCCAAUGCUUGGACAUCUGUGAGCAGCAAAGAUCUGGGCCCAGGGACGCCUGCACGACUCCCACAUGAAAGCCUCUGAGGCUUCUGUUGCGAGGGCCUUGGCAAAGGCAGGAAGUGCUGUGGACAACCAUGGGCAUGAGGAUUUCUGUUAGCAGAUGGCAGAAUGAAAAUGCCCGUCUAAGACUGGCCCAAGACCUGGGCAGCCUUCCUCCAUGGGAACCUGGCAAGGCAAUGGGAAGUGGACAUGGGAGCACCUGAACCUUCCGGAUGCUAUGAAACCUCAAGGGAACAAAUUAUGUGGCAGAGAGGGAUGAUCAGUUCUUCCCAUCUGAGAAAAGACUGCAGCAAAGAUGAACUAUAUAUUGAAGGUCAUUUUAUUUGCUACAUCGGGCAUCAUGCUAAAAACCAUUCUUUGCCUGAAUCUGUAUAAAUGACAGCUGAAAGCAGUAAAUGUGAGACCGCUUCACGGGAGUCAGCCACACCAGUGGUUCUCAAACCUUGGUGAACCCUCAGAGCUACCCAAGGACUUGUUUGCAAUGCAGAAUCACAGCCCCCAGAGACUCUGACUCGUGGGGCCUGGCUCGUUCUGAUUCAGUGACCGGAGAACCACCUGUGUGCACUUGGGCCACACAUACAGCCUGGACUGGCUUAUGUCAGGCCCAUCUUGGCUGUCACCAUGAGGACAAUAUAAUGUUGUUUCCAGUACUUUGUAUUAUUUCCUUCUCUUUUAGUAUGAGAAGUGGCCGAGUGGUCAAUAGCUUUCAUUUUUGUGUAACUGAAUCUUGUGCUUCGUUUCCUUCUGGGCAUUUUUCAUUGUUGAUGAAAUAAACUUUGUUCAAUUUGU